AUGAAUGCACGCCGGGCCCUGCUCUCCGCCGCCUUGUUCGCCAGUCUCCUCUGGGAUUUACCUUGCUGCCUCCCGGCUUCUCUCCCCGCCGCCUCGGAGCUCGCCGCCUCCUCCAAAGGUGGUCGCAGCCGCAGGGUGCCGCGGUCUCCACGGGAGAACCGCCCGCGGCAAGGGGGACACGCCAUGGGCCGGGCGCUCCCACGGGCGGAACCCCACGAGUACAUGCUCUCUCUGUUCAGGACUUACUCCAUCGCGGAGAAACUGGGCAUCAACGCCAGCUUUUUUCAGUCAUCCAAGUCCGCCAACACCAUCUCUAGUUUUGUAGACAGGGGACGAGACGAUCUCUCGCCCGCUCCCUUGAGGCGGCAGCAAUAUGUGUUUGAUGUGUCGACCCUCUCGGAGACGGAGGAGCUCGUGGGGGCCGAGCUGCGCCUGUUCCGCCGGGCCCCCCGCGGCCGCCCGCCGCUCGCCACCCCGCUGCAUGUGCAGCUCUCCGCCUGCCUCUCGCCGCGGCCUCUGGACUCCCGCGCUCUGGACCCGCGGGCGGCCUCGGACGCUGGCUGGGAGGUGUUCGACGUGCGGCAGGGCCUGCGGGAGCAGCGGCCCUGGAAGCGGCUGUGCCUGGAACUGCGGGCCUCUGCGGACCGCGGGCCGCGGCGCUGGCUGGACCUACGAGGCCUGGGCUUCGGGCGGCGGCCACGGCCGCCGCAGGAGCGGGCGCUGCUGGUGGUCUUCACCCGCGCCCGGCGGCGGAGCCUCCUCGGGGAGCUGCGCGCCGAGCUGGGCGCUCCGCCGCCGCCGCCCGCCGCUCGCCACCCGCCGCCCCGGCGCCAGCGCCGCGCCGCCUUCGCCAGCCGGCACGGCAAGCGGCACGGCAAGAAGUCCCGUCUGCGCUGCAGCAAGAAGCCGCUGCACGUCAACUUCAAGGAGCUGGGCUGGGACGACUGGAUCAUCGCCCCACUGGAGUACGAGGCCCACCACUGCGAGGGGGUCUGCGACUUCCCGCUGCGCUCCCACCUGGAGCCCACAAACCACGCCAUCAUCCAGACCCUCAUGAACUCCAUGGACCCCGGCUCCACGCCGCCCAGCUGCUGUGUCCCCACCAAACUGACUCCCAUCAGCAUCCUCUACAUCGACGCCGGCAACAACGUGGUGUACAAGCAGUACGAGGACAUGGUGGUGGAGUCUUGCGGCUGCAGGUAG